CAGUGCCAAACUUAAGUACUGUAACUCACCUGUUUGCUGCCCACCUGUCGCUCUGAUCCAGGGACGUCUGACCUCACAGCAUCAUGCUCACCAGGAAAGUUGUCCUUCUGUUGUCUCUGUCCGUCCUACUGGUGGAGGGGGAUUUUGACACCAACGAUGCUGGAAUCCAAGCCAUGUCCACAGAUAAAGACUCCACGUCUGAUGAAGCUCCCACAGAGAGUAUGAACGCCGUCUCACCUGAUCAGCCAGAUGAACCGCAGUAUUAUGGAGCAGGACCUUCAGAUACAACAAGCUCCAGUUCAGAAAUCGCAGACGCUCCAGCAGCCAAUCAGGUGACAGCACCUGAACCUGCUGCAGCCACCGCCAUCAGUGUGGAGGAAGAAGAUGAAGAUGAGAGCUCUGACUCUGAAGAAGGAGGAAAGAAACAUUUCAGCUCACGCUCAGCCAAACCUCAGAGUCCCGCCAUCCCACCACAAAGCCCCGCCCAUGUCAUUGAUAGCCCUGCUGUCCCCCGUCAGCCAAUCAUUCCUCAGCCGAAAGCUCUGGUGAGAAACCGGACAUCCAAGAGACGAUCCAGGACCAACCGGCGCCAGAUAUAAACCACCAACCCACAUGUGGCUAUAAAAACAUGAAUCACAUGUGAACAUAUUUACUCUGAUAAACCUGUGUACUGUACAAACACACAUCUUUAAACACACACAAUCAUUCUGAUGGAUCCAGGGGCCAUUUUCAAUCUAAUUUUAUUUGAACAUUGUGUUUGGAUUCUACAUCUCCUCUAACAGAAUGAAAUCAAUUAAGACAUGAGAAGGAGUCCCUGAAUCUGAAUCACAGUUAAAACUGAUAUGAAUUGAUUUUCUGGAUUGUUUGUGUCUUUGUAAUUUGGGGAUGAAGUCGUAACAUUAAAUGGGUUUGUCAACUACAAUGCACAACUCAA